AUGCACCUCAUAGAGAAAGCAGAAGAGGACAAUCGAACGGUCAUCACAGAAUUCAUCCUCCUGGGAUUCGGGAAUCGCCCUGAACUGCAGAUCCUUCUCUUUCUGGUUUUCCUGGUGAUUUACAUUUUGACCAUGUCUGGGAACAUCCUCAUCGUUGUGCUUGUUGUGGUUGAUCAGCACCUUCACACCCCCAUGUACUUCUUCCUGGGGAACUUGUCCUGCCUGGAGACCUGCUACACCUCCACCAUCCUGCCCAGGUUAUUAGUCAGUCUCCUGACUGGAGACAGAACCAUUUCUGUCAGUGGAUGUUUUGCACAGUUUUAUUGCUUUGGUUGUUUGGUAACUACAGAAUGUUAUCUCCUAGCAGCAAUGUCUUAUGAUCGGUAUUUAGCGAUAUGCAACCCCCUGCGUUAUGCAGCCCUGAUGAAUGGCAGGUUGUGUCUCCAGCUAGCAGCGGGGUCUUGGAUAAGUGGAUUUCUAAUUUGUCUAAUAAUGACGUGUUUUAUGUCACAAUUAACAUUCUGUGGCCCUAAUGAAAUUGACCAUUUCUUUUGUGAUUUUUCUCCAAUGCUAAAACUCUCCUGCAGUGACACCAGCAUGAUCACACUGGUUAGUGUAAUACUCACCUCCCUAGAUUCACCUUGCUCAUUUCUAUUAACUGUGACAUCCUAUGUUUGUAUCAUUGCUGCUAUGCUGAGAAUCUCUUCCACUAGCGGGAGGCAAAAGGCCUUUUCCACCUGCUCCUCUCACCUCAUUGUGGUUGCAGUUUUCUAUGGGACCCUAAUGACUGUGUAUCUGCUACCAAAAACCAAUAAACUGAAAGCCCUGAACAAAGUAUUCUCUGUCUUAUACACAGUCCUGACUCCCAUGCUCAACCCCCUCAUCUACAGCCUGCGAAACAAAGAGGUGAAGGAGGCCCUGAGAAAAGUCAUCCUAUAAUAUAUGUUGCUCAAAUGAAUUCAGAUGGAGUCAAUGAUCUGUGAAGGAAUCCAUCCGGCUUAACGCGCAAGAAAGUUUACAUCUAGUGGGGUUCAAGCUCACACCAGUGGGAACCGCUCCGGGGAACAUGAGGACAUGCUACGUUUUGGGUUGAUGACAUUCCCAUUUGUGGCUAAAGCUGAUAGUUGCUACUGCCUUAAUUGGAAAUCUGACUGUCUUGCGCUCUACACUCCACAUGUUGACAUUUGAGAUUUCAGAUACGUGUUUCAUCUAUUUCUCUCCUCUCUCUGAGUUGGGAAAAUGCCACAUUCUACUUGGCACUGGCCUCAGAUCCCUGUGGGUGGAAUUAGUUGGUUC